CUUGUUUGCUUUGAACUCGCUGGAGAAGACCUCCAAGAGGUGCUCCGAAACGGUUUAUCGGGGGGUUUAGGAGUGUUUCAGGGUUUUCUCGUGGUUCCUAACUAUCUUUAGACAUUUUGGCAGCUUCCGGAAGCUCUGUAAGUGCAGGUUUUUGGGUAUUUUUUCGACAAUUUGAGGUACAAGUGCAGAGGACCUGUCGAUAGUUCUUCUGUCCGGGUAUUGGGGCGAUUCACAAUUUACAAGUGUUUUUAACAGCUGUGAGGUGUAUAUCAUUAUCACCAAAGAUGCUUGCGUGACACCUGUUCUCUUCUAGGAUUACGAUUAUUCAUUGUUCAUUUAGUUUGUUCAUUUGUUAGUGUAAUCGGUGCAGCUAAUUAUGACUGAGGAGGUGUUGCUCAGGGUUUUGACACUCAAUUGCUGGGGCAUUCCCUAUGUGUCGAGGAAUCGGGGCAAAAGGAUGAAGGCCAUCGCUGAACAAUUAGCCUCCGGGGAUUAUGACAUCGUUUGCCUCCAAGAGAUAUGGUCUCUCAAGGACUUCAACAUGAUGAAGUACAAGACACAGGAUAAGUUGCCCUAUUCUCAUUAUUUUUAUAGUGGAGUUCUGGGGUCGGGUAUUUGUCUUCUCUCACGCUACCCGAUUCAGGACGUUAUGUUCCAUAGAUGGUCACUCAAUGGGUAUGUCCAUAAAAUCCACCACGGUGAUUGGUUCGGGGGAAAGGGGGUUGGUUUGUGUCGGCUAAAAGUACACGAUGCUAAUAUUAAUGUUUAUGUGGCACACCUGCAUGCUGAGUACGACACCGAGAACGACGAGUACUCAGCCCACAGGGUGCUUCAAGCAUUCGACAUGGCUCAAUUCAUAAGAAUGACGAGACAAGGAGCUGAUGCUGCCAUUCUCGGUGGCGAUCUCAACACAGGCCCAGAAGACCUGGCUUAUCAGAUAAUCAGUGGAAUUGCCAGUUUGGUGGAUGCAUGCUCAAGUAUUCAUAGUGACGUUGGGACCAGCGAAUGUGCCAAUAAUAGUUAUACACCGAAGAAAGUCGCCAAACAGCUGCCACAGGGAAAACGCAUCGAUCAUAUUCUAUAUUUGGGCUCCAAGAAAUUCAAGCUUGAGGUUUUGAAGUGCCAUCAGCCCUUCCCAUCUCGCAUUCCAAACGAAAAUGUCAGCUAUUCGGAUCACGAAGCUGUUGCCGCUGAAUUUAAAUUAAUACCGGUUUACUUCAUAAUUCUAGGCAAAUAUGAACUAGUAGAGAAAGACAUUCGGAAUCCUCUGAAGGAGGCCCUCAGUGUCUGCGACACAUCACUUAAAGAAAUUCGGAAGCAACGAGUAUGGUAUCUCCUGGUAAGUCUACUCCUAUCUGUUCCCGUACUCUGUUCAAUGGGUCUCGAUCUGUCCAACGGAUCAAUCGCCCUCGACAUUGCUCUCAACGUCGGCCGACUCUUGGCAACUGCAGUACUCUGCUACGCACUCUUUAUGAGUUCAAUAUGGAAUUGCGUUGAACAGAAUGCUCUGAAAGCCGGUUAUAUAGCAAUGGAAACACGUCUUUUGCAGUUGAACAGAAACACAAGGCAGGAGAAAUCUUUCACCUAGUCAAAGAGACAUUCUCCCCAUCAAACCCAUUUACAUCACAUUUACCAGCCAAUGAAAAGCAAAGAUUAUGUUUAGAUUAUUUAGUGUUAUAUUUUCACGUGCUUACAGGUUUUUUUUUUCUUAUACAAAAAUUGCACAUUUUACAAAAUCGUAAGAAACUUCAUUAUUUUCAUUCGUUAAUCGAGAGUUUAUUAAGUUUCUACUGAAUGAAUUUGAAAUGUUGAUUAUAUCGCUUAUUUUCGGACGGUAUUGCCAUUGAAGUAUUAGAAAUGAAAAAUAAAAAUUUUUAUCAGCUCACUCGGACAAUAAAUCGAUUCAGCAUUCGUGUGAAAAAAUAUUUUUGCAAGCAGUUGAUAUGAUUCAAU